UGACGUUUAGGCUAGAAAUAUCAAUAAGUUGAUCAUGUUUUCGCUGGUUUUGCUGGUGCUGUCUCUCUUGACUUUGGCGUGGUUCUAUCUAAAGCACCAUUAUGACUUUUGGGCCCGUCGCGGAUUUCCAUACGACAAGCACUCCGGAAUUCCAUUUGGAUGUUUGGACACCGUCUGGAGACAGGAGAAGAGCAUGGGCUUGGCCAUCUAUGAUGUCUAUCUAAAGAGUAAGGAGCGUGUCUUGGGCAUUUAUUUGCUCUUCCGUCCGGCUGUUUUAGUCCGGGAUGCCGAAUUGGCACGUCGUGUUCUGGCCCAGGAUUUUGCAAGCUUUCACGAUCGUGGCGUUUAUGUGGACGAGGAGAAAAAUCCGCUGUCAGCCAGUAUAUUUGCCCUACGAGGUCAGAGCUGGCGGUCCAUGAGGCAAAUGUUGUCGCCUUGUUUCACCUCCGGCAAACUAAAGGCCAUGUUCAGCACCUCCGAGGAUAUUGGUGACAAGAUGGUGGCCCAUUUGCAAAAGGAGCUACCGGAACAAGGUUCCGAGGAGGUGGAUCUGAAGAAAGUAAUGCAACACUAUGCCAUCGACAUCAUUGCCUCGACCAUUUUCGGCUUGGACGUGAACAGCUUCGAAAACCCGGACAAUAAGUUCCGUAAAUUGGUGUUGAUUGCAAGAGUCAAUAGUAGGUUUAAUGCCCUGUUCGGUAUGCUAAUCUUCCUGGUACCCUCCAUCGCCAAGCUCCUGUUUCGAAUGGGUAUUCAAAAUCCAGUCGGUCUGGCCAUGCUGGAAAUUGUCAAGGAAACCGUUGAGUACCGUGAAAAGCACGGAAUUGUGCGAAAGGAUCUUCUCCAGUUGCUUAUUCAGCUAAGGAAUACGGGAAAGAUUGAAGAGAAUGACGAGAAAUCCUUUAGCAUACAAAAGACGCCCGAUGGCCACAUUAAGUCCAUUUCGCUAGAGACCAUUACCGCCCAGGCAUUUAUAUUUUAUAUUGCUGGUCAGGAGACGACUGGAUCAACUGCUGCCUUUACCAUUUAUGAAUUGGCCCAAUAUCCAGAGUUACUGAAGCGCCUGCAGGAUGAAGUGGACGAGACGCUGGCCAAGAAUGACGGAAAGAUCACCUACGAUUCCCUGCACAAAAUGGAGUUUCUGGAGCUGUGCUUGCAGGAAACCAUUCGCAAAUACCCUGGACUUCCCAUUUUAAACCGCGAAUGCACCCAGGACUAUACGGUGCCCGAAACAAACCACGUCAUUCCGAAGGGAACCCCUGUUGUGAUCUCCCUGUAUGGAAUUCACCACGAUGCAGAGUACUUCCCGGAUCCCGAGAAAUAUGAUCCCGAUCGGUUCUCCGAGGAGAGUCGCAACUACAAUCCCACGGCGUUCAUGCCUUUUGGUGAGGGUCCCAGGAUUUGCAUUGCUCAGCGGAUGGGUCGUGUGAACGCCAAACUGGCGAUCAUUAAGAUCCUGCAGAACUUCAAUGUCGAGGUGAUGAGUAAACGCGAAAUUGAGUUCGAGAAUAGCGGCAUUGCCCUGAUGCCCAAAAAUGGAGUUCGAGUGCGUUUGUCCAAAAGAGUGCCCAAUUAGCCGGAAUUUUCCACACUGAUGAAAUACAAUAGUUAAGUGGCAGUAAAUUCAUUUUUUAUUAUAUUCAAUCCGUUAAGUGCUACAAUCGUCGAUAUGAUAAAAGAUAACCUCGGCCAGUAAAUAGUCCGAACUCGCUGUAAUAAUGUUUGUAAAUUCUAUAAUAAAUCAUGUUAGAGAUGAA